AUGCUGCGCGGCUACGAGUUCAACGCUUCGGAUGCGGACAUUGUCCUCGUCUCAAACGACACAGAGCCUUUCGAGUUCCGGGUUCACAAAUGCGUGCUCGCAGUGGCCUCGCCCUUCUUCCGCACCAUGUUCUCCCUUUCGCAGCCCAACAACCCAGGCAAGCCAGGCAGCGCCGGCGCAAGUCUGCCACACAUCCCCGUCUCGGAGCCAAAGCGCACCAUCGAAGGCCUGCUCCAAUUCGUCUACCCCAUCCCCGAUCCCGCGAUCAGCACUUUGGAAGAGGUGACGACGAUGCUGGGCGCCGCGCUCAAAUAUGAAUUUGAAUGCCCCGUCGCAUCGCUGCGCAAGCUCCUGGUAUCCCCGCACUUCCUCCAAUCGCAGCCCGUGCGCGUCUUCGCCAUUGCAUGCCGCUUCGAUCUGGACGCUGAGGCAAAGACCGCGUCGCAGUAUACGCUGCGCGUGAACGUCCUGGACUGCCCCCUAUCCGACGACCUCAAGCAUAUCUCAGCCUACUCGUACCACCAGCUCCUGGACCUCCACCGCCGCCGCUCGCGCGCUGCACGGGAGCUGAUCGUGUACUUCCCUGAGUCCGUCAAGUGCGCGCUGUGCACCGGGGGGGUCCACGCGAUGUUCCGGUCCCCGAGAUGGUGGAAGGAGUUCGAGAGCCGGGCGAAGGAGCGCCUCGCGAUCGCGCCUACGACCGACGGCAUUUUCGAGAUGGAGUUCCUGGCGGAAUGCGCGAACGCGGCGGAGUGCCAGCGGUGCUUUGAAAGUUUGUGUUCGGCGUGGCCGUUCCUCCAGGAAAUGAAAGCACGGAUCGAUGCCCUUCCGGCGACUAUAUAA